GCAUCAGCUACUUCUUUGUGACUGGGUCCUGAUUAAGGUCCUCCCAAGAAAGACUUCAUUGGAUCCACGCUCAAGAAGACUCUACCAGGUUUUCCUGACCCCCUUCGUCGCUGUAAAGUACCAAGGCCUUAAGACUUGGUCACUGUAUAUAUGCCUUAUUUCCUGGGUCCGCGGGAAGCAUGAGUCUGUUGGGACUUGGGACAAGAAGAAAACAAGACCUCUUCACAAGAAAAACCAGACACUAACAAAAAGUAUCCCAAAGUCUGAAGAGCUAGACCACAAACAUGGCUGACAGGGAUCCUGCAGAGGUCUCUCAAAAGGAUUUGAAAAAUGACCCGCCAAUAAGUUCUCAGGCACAGGAGAUCGCAGUCCCAGCAAGUACCACCAAAGAAGCUCAGACCCCUGACCUUGCCUCUGAUCUUAACAAAGUUCACCAAGAGGUAGAAACAGUAGGUCCAGGAAGUACAGACACAGAUGAUCUAUCAGAAAGUCCAGAUGAAACAAAUUAUGAGAACUAUCCAAAGGAUAAAACAGAACAUGAGAACAACCAGAGUUUUCAGGAUGAAGAAGAAGAACAUCAACUCUCUUCGGAAAGUCCAAGUGAAAAACCCUUGGAUCCAGAACCCACCUGUUCUCCAAAUGACAAGGUAGGAAGAGAAGAUGCACUCUUCUGGAGCAGCUCUGCAGCCCUGCCUGAGGAAGUGAACAGCGAACCUGGAGUGUUACAGGAGCCACCUGCCAUAGACCCUCAGGGUACCCAGAGCCCUGCUUAUUCCCCUGCAGCACCGGAGAGCCAGAGUACAGCGAGGAGGCGACUGCAGGCACCAGAAGCUGAAAGUCAUCAGCAAGAAACACAAGAAUUGGAAGAAAACAAACAGAAUGCACUGGAUACCGUAAGAAAGAUGAAUACAAAGAAGUUUUUGAAUUAUGGCUCCAUCUUUUUUGGCUUCCUGGUUAUGACACUUUUUUUGCUAAGUUGUGUUAAUAGCUUCUAUUCCUCUCCAGCCCAGCAAGUGCCCAAAAAUCCAGCUUUGGAGGCCUUUUUGGUUCAGUUCAGCCAAUUGAAAGAUAAAUUUCCAGGCCAGAGUUCCUUCUUAUGGCAGAGAGGACGUAAAUUUCUCCAGAAGCACCUCAAUGCUUCAAACCCUACUGAGCCAGCCACCAUCAUAUUUACAGCAGCUCAAGAGGGAAGAGAGACCCUGAAGUGCCUGAGCCACCUCGUGGCAGAUGCCUACACCUCCUUCCAGAAAGUCUCUGCCAUUCAAAUUGAUGGGACUGGAAGAACCUUGCAGGACAGUGACACAGUCAAGCACUUGGUUGAUGUGGAGCUGAGCUCGGGAUUUGAGAAUGGCCAGAAGGCUGCCGUGGUACACCACUUUGAAUCCCUUCCUGCAGGUUCUACCUUGAUCUUCUAUAAGUAUUGUGACCAUGAGAAUGCUGCCUUCAAAGAUGUGGCCCUAGUCCUGACUGUUCUCCUAGAGGAAAAAACAUUAGAAGCAAGUGUUGGCCCCAGGGAAACUGAAGAAAAAGUUAGAGAUUUACUCUGGGCCAGGUUUACCAACUCUGACACUCCUCGCUCCUUCAACCACAUGGACUCUGACAAAUUGAGCGGGCUCUGGAGCCGCAUUUCACACCUGGUGCUGCCCGUCCAGCCUGUGAAGAGCAUAGAAGAACAGGGGUGCCUUUUAUAAGUUAAGAACAGAAUUGGUUUUUGAAGGCAUGGAGUUAUUAAAAAGUCAGUUUAUAAACCUGUUUCUCUGGAAGGAGGUUGAUGAAAAGCCUGGAAAGCACAAAUGAGCUUAUUUUAGAGAAAAAAAUUCAUUUUUUUUACCUUUUGUAAAAUCUUUCUAAGCUUGACAAAACUUGACUUUUUUUUUUCCUGGCCUUUCAAGUAAAUCAGGUUUAAAAUAUGCAUAAAAAUGUAAUUGAGGCUCUUUUUUUUUAUUUAAAUCUAAAAAUAUAGCAACAGAAUCAUUACAUGGGAGAUAAAAUCUUCUCAGAAUGACUACAGUGAUUUUUGUUUCAGAGUCUAAGGAGCCUUUUGGCUAGUGUUUGGACUUGGACUAGAGUAAUUACAAUUUUAUGAAGCAAUGGUAAUUUAAAAAAUGUUUUUUCUAUCACGUUAAGUAUUUUUUAAACUGAUUUUAAUAACCUAGUCAUGGGAUUAUAUCUUAUACUAAUUUGCAUUUUUAACAGUAUAAAAAGAAAUGUGAAUUCAAAUACUUAGCUAUAUGUAAGGCACUGUGCUUUUAUUCCGUUAAUGGGCUGAGGUGUAAAAGCAACUAUCCUCAAGAAAUGUUCUUAAAAAUUGGAAACAAGGAGGAAAUUAUUUGUAAUCAUUGGAAAUGAAGCAAUUCCAAUGGACCAUAUCUUUACUUCAGCUUUCUUGAAUGCUUUAGAGCAGUGGUUUCUAAGCUGUGUCUACUGACAACCCUCCCCUUUUUAUCAGAGCAUUUCGCUUUUGACUGCUCUAUAUAGUGGGAGUCUCCAUAAGAUUUAAUUGGAGCAAAGAGUUCUCCUGAUAAUGAAAUUUGAGAAUCAUUGAUUAAGUGAAAAAAGCAUUAGAAGAUAGGAAUAAGGGGAGAAAAAUAAUAUAUUAAAACUUAUGAGUUAGAAGAUGAAAUAAUAGGUUUAUUAUACAGACAUGCUAUUUAUAAAAGAUAAAGACAUAAAGAUGAACAGCAGAAUGUAUAAACUGGUAUUUGCUGAGUAUAUUUCUGAUGCUUUUGUUAAUUUCUGUUAAUCAUCAUUUCUGUCUCCCCUGAAUGGAAUUUUAUAAUUGUCUCGGAUGAGAGUUUGAGUGCCAUUUAAGCAGAACAGAUUUUAAUAACUAAUUGAAUAGUAGAUUUUAUCUGGGUACAGUAGCAUAACUUCACCAUGCUAUCUACUUGUUACACAGUGAUGGAACAUAUAAAUGCAGCUCAUUUGUUGACUAGAUAGUUGAAAACAACAGUAGGUUAACAAUUAAAGAAAUCCAAGAGACACUAUACUUCCUAAAAGGAAGCAGACAUGGUGAAUAGAUUCUAAGAGGUUUGAAUGCCCAAUAGUAAAUGUUGGACCGUGUUCUGUGAUUAUGAGAAAGAUUGAGAACAGUGUUGAUGGAGACAGUAGUUGUUAAUUUGCAUUGCAGCUCUGAAGGCAGAACUCUAGUAAAAUUGUAUAAAGGGUCUGUUCCAUGACGUGGAACCAUCACCAUGAUCUUGGAAUAUCUCAACUAGUUUUUGGCUUCUCUGCUGCUGUGAGAGCAGAAUAUGUAUGUAUAGUGUGUGUGUGUGUGUGUGUGUGUGUGUGUGUGUGUGUGUAUCUUUCCCGUGUUUCCAAAAAGCUUUUCAUGUUUUAAUCAGAAGUCACAUGAUUAAAACAUGAAAAGCUUUUUGGAAACAUUGGGAAGAUACAGGGAUCUUUACUGAUACCUAAAAAGAGAUUAUAAAGACAUGGGGGAAGAAUCUAUUGGAAAAUAUCUGUCACAGGAAAGACACAUACAUCUGUUCUAUCCAAGGCCUUAAGUGGUGGUCAGUUGAGUGUAGGGCAUACCUAAAAGAACUGUUUUCGUUUGUGACUUUGUGAAGGAAUCUUUCAAAUAGAUUUGAGUAAAGACCUGCCUGAACAAAAGGACAGAGCAUAGUAAAUAUAAUAUCAGUAUCAAUCCAAUACAGAAUCAGAGGAAAUUGAAGAAAAAUGUAUAUACCGUAUUUGAAUUUUUUCCUGUAUUUCUAGAUCUCAGGUGCCAGCUAGCAUUCUGUCACACAAAACCAAUGGUGCCUUGUAGACUUGUUCUGUUGGCCUGCUGACCUGUGCUACCUCAGAUCUAUGAAGAACCAGUAUGAAAUGUGCAUACCCAAUCUACCAGUGUCUCAGAUCACAGAUGAGAAAAACAUUUUUGUUUCUUCAUUCAGUUGAAUAUGAUUUUUUAUCAUUUUCUUUCAAUAUAAUUUAGAAAAAGAUUGUAAACUGGCACUUUUUCUUUUAAUGUUUAGCCUUUGUUAAAAAAAAAAACACUUUUCCUUUCAUGUAUAAGUGCAAUCAGCUGAAACUGUUGUCAGUUUUCUAUCCACUAUUUCAAAACUUAUAUUAAAAAGAAGCAGUUUAUUAGUUUUGGGUCUAUUCAUGAAUAAAAUGAUUAUUUUUAAAGCAUAAAACUUUAUAUUUUUUAAAUGUACAAAUAAUUAAAAUGUAUUAUCUAAUGUAUGCUUAACAUUAAUUUCUAUUCAGUUAUUUCUUUUUUUUUUUUUCAAGUUUACAGAUUUUCUUUUGCGUAUCUGGGAUUUCAUCUUUCAUUACUUUUGCGGUUUUGUUUUUUUUUUUUAGAAUAGUGACUCAUGGGCAUAGGAUAUCAUACAUGAUACCAUACAUAACUGUUUAAUUAUUAUCACAGAAAAAUUGUAAUUACAUUCUGCAUUAAUAUAAGUUGCUUCCUGAGUGAUAUCAGAGUUCCAGAAGAAACUGGUGUAGAAUCAGACACUGGUGUAGAAUCAGUCCAGACACUGGACUUUGGAGUUUUUUUUCUCCUGUGAGGUAGUUUUAAGUUUCUCAGUUAGUUUUGAAGAGUUGGCAGAGAAGUUUCAGGGGAUUCCUAUGGCUAAAAAAAUUAAUGCUGUUGUUUCCUUUUGUAUCUUUUAAAUCAAUAAAAUAGCUUAAAUGUA